ACGCAGUCGCUUCUCUAUCCACAGAUUACAGUCUCGGUUCGACGGACAAGAGCGAGCGCAAUAUUUUGAUAGUAUAGGUUAGGUUUCUGCAGGGCAACAAUUCUGUGGCGGGUGUGAUUGAUAGUUGAAAGAUUCGAUGGCGGAAAAGCAUUUCAAGUAUGUGAUCGUCGGUGGCGGGGUUGCUGCGGGAUAUGCUGCUAGGGAGUUCUCCAAGUUGGGAGUUAACCCUGGUGAACUUGCCAUCAUUUCCAAGGAGAGUGUGGCUCCAUAUGAGCGUCCUGCACUUAGCAAAGGAUACCUGUUUCCUGAAGGCUCUGCAAGGCUCCCAGGUUUCCAUGUCUGUGUUGGAAGUGGAGGAGAGCGGCUUCUUCCAGAGUGGUAUACUGAUAAAGGUAUAUCUCUGAUUCUUAGCACGGAGAUAGUCAAGGCAGAUCUUGCUUCAAAGACACUUACCAGUGCAGCUGAUGAGACUUUUAAAUAUGAAACAUUGAUUAUAGCAACUGGUUCCACUGUUUUUAAGCUGUCGGACUUUGGUGUAGAAGGUGCUGAUGCCAAAAACAUAUUUUAUUUGAGAGAGAUCGAUGAUGCUGAUAAACUUGUUGAGGCAAUAAAAGAAAAGAGAAAUGGGAAGGCUGUGGUAGUUGGUGGUGGAUAUAUAGGUCUGGAACUAAGUGCAGCUCUGAGAAUCAAUAAUUUUGAUGUCAGCAUGGUCUUCCCAGAACCUUGGUGCAUGCCUAGGUUAUUCACUGCUGGCAUAGCUGCCUUCUAUGAAGAUUUCUAUACAAACAAGGGAGUCAAUAUCAUAAAGGGCACAGUAGCUUCUGGAUUUGGCACAAAUGCCAACGGGGAAGUUACUGAUGUAAAGCUUAAAGAUGGUAGAGUGCUGGACGCUGAUAUUGUUGUUGUUGGUGUUGGUGCUAAACCCCUCACAACAUUAUUUAAAGGACAGUUAGAAGAGGAUAAAGGUGGCAUCAAGACUGAUAGUUCCUUCAAAACUAGCAUUCCUGAUGUCUAUGCGGUAGGCGAUGUCGCCACUUUCCCUUUGAAGUUGUACAACGAUAUUAGAAGAGUUGAACACGUUGAUCAUGCUCGAAAAUCUGCCGAGCAGGCUGUCAAGGCAAUUAUUGCAAGUGAACAGGGACAAUCUAUUGAGGAAUAUGACUACCUCCCCUACUUCUACUCCCGCGCCUUCGACCUCUCAUGGCAGUUCUACGGCGACAAUGUUGGUGACUGCAUUAUAUUCGGAGACUGCAGCCCAGCAUCUGCCACUCACAAGUUUGGAGCAUAUUGGGUCAAAGAUGGAAAGGUUGUCGGCGCAUUUUUGGAGAGUGGCUCACCUGAAGAGAACCAGGCGAUUGCCAAAGUAGCUCGGGUCCAGCCUCCUGCGGGCAGCCUGGAUCAACUGCUCAACGAGGGCCUCGCCUUCGCCAGCAAGAUUUAAGAAUUGUUUAUCGAUACACACCACAAGGAUAAUCUGCUAUGCCUCCAGGCGAUUCAGACAGACAAAUAUUUACAUGCCAAACCACACUUGAGGUAUGACAAUUUCUACUGCUGCAUGGGAAAUAAAUAAAUUGGGUCUUGAUAUGAUAUGAUACGAUAAAACCUCUGUUUCUUUGGUAUGUUGUUAUUCAGAUACUUUCAAUAAUGGCAUGGAUUUUGAAAUGAUAAAGUUGGAUGAAGUUAGUGAAAUUAUUGAAUAGAAAGAAGUGGUCGAAUUGUGCACGAAA